AGAUACGCACGCGUUGCAAGCAUACAAAGAGAUAGAGAUAGAGACAGAGAGAGAGAGAGAGAGAGAGAGAUGGACAUCGAAUAUGCCGUAGAGAAUGCUCACGAUGAGAACAUAUUGACGCAUGAAUUGCCGCUGGAAAAGGAGAUUUGGCAUUUUCAGUUGUGUUUAUCGUUCAUGUUGUCGCUGCUGGCGAUGCAGUCACAACCGGAUGAAGGCUUCGAUGACGAAACUCUCCUUUUGCGUGAACAGUUGCUGAGAUACAAGGCCGAAGUGGAUGCCCUGGAUCGCAAUGCCAACGAUUAUUACGAGAAGAAGGAGCUUCUGAUCUAUAAGAUAUUUUGUGAGUUUCGUGGCAUGGUCAAUGGGUCCGAGUUGCACGUGUAUCUCCCCUAUAUAGAUGAAUAAAAUGAGGCUGAAUUUUGUUGUUGUUGUUCACAGCACACAACACACAAUUCACAGUUCAGUUCAGCAGUCUUUACUUUAGCUGUGAAA